AAAAUCUACAGGUCUGACUAAAGAUUAAAAGACCGUGGAUAAUGAAGUCAAAGUCAGGGACAGAGUUACGAUGCCGCACCUCAAUCUUCAUGUUUCUUACCAACGCUACACAAUAGGCACGUAGUGUUCAACCUUUGAGAAAUUAACGCGCAAUUGUCUGGUCAAGUUUUGAAACAUAUUUUUUUCUUUGGUGAACGAUUUUUUUUUUUGUGGUUUUAGUUUUCACAUGAUGAAAGGGAGACUAUCGGAGUGCCAGGGUAAAACAUUUCAGGUUUUCUAAGACAUUCAUCUACGUGAUUAUACAAAUAUUUAUUCUCAAUACAAGAAAAGGAUGUCUUGGUGGACUUGUUUGGUACUGAAGUCUCUGCUAGCUGCCACGUGUAUGGUAGCUGUUCAGUCGCAGACACAGCCUCAACUCGUCUUUCAUUUCGUGGCCAACACCACGUCAAAAACAAAACUACCAGAUUCCAGAGAUAUUCACCUGCAGGCACACCUGGAAUCACUACUUUACGGGUUGAUGUGCAAGUCUCCAGGAAAUAAAUUCAUAGUCCGAGUGAGUCCCGGCAGUGGCACCACAGAAGUGGUGGACGAGAUUAUAGGGCUGCACAACACCAGCGACAACGUCAAGAACUGCCUCUUCCCGGGUUUGAACCCCAUCAAAUGCGACGAGGAGAACUUCUGCGCCCUGGGCAACAAGUGCACGGCCACGGUGAUGGCGGUCUGCCAGCGACACGGCACCAUGUCCAGGUGGCUGAUGACCCAGGUGGUGGACGUCACCAUCGACCAAGUGGACGGCGCCAUUGUGCUGGUCAGGUGCUUGACCAAAUGUGAGUCUGGGGAGCCGCAGGACGAGCACGACCACGACGACGAGAACGGAAUCUCUUACAUGGCCGUGGGGCUUAUCGUAGGGGGCGUCGUUUUUGGGGCGUUCAUCUUGGUUCUGGCGGUGGUCAUCUGGAAGAUCAGGGACACGAAGUACCUGGAGUAUCCUGACCACCCCCAUCAUGUCCACCACGUCCACUAUGUCACCAAAUAAAGCGUUUUGUUUUCUAGUCGAUAUCAUUAAGUAGCAAUUGGAUCCUUUUAGUCUUAAAUCACUGAAUGUGUUGUAAAUUUAAUGUAAUAGUACAUAAUACAUCAAUGUUAUAAUAUUAAUAACAAUGAAGUUAAAGGGCGAAAAGAAAAUUAGAAAAAUAAAUGUAGAUUUAAAUUUAAAAAGGGAAAUCACCGAGUAGGCCAUGGCGAAUAAAUGACUGGUUUAUUCCCCCUGUUGCAAAUAGUUACUUUUGGCUGAGAACCAAGAAAUUGGCAUGAACUGUUGGUUUAAAUUUGAAAUUGAAAAAGCACAGUAUAUGUUCUAUUUCUGAAAAAAAAAGUAUCAAGAAGAUAAAUCUCAAAAGAAUAGUAAGAUAGAGGGAGAGGAGACCGACAUACAAACCACACAACUACACACUGUAACACAUUUUAGAUUUUAUUUUACAACCCAGACAUGUAAGUGUAACAAUCACAAUACAUCAGCAAACUUUGCUUUUUGAAUUCAGUGUCUAUAGAUCAUUAAAAAUGUAUCCAGAUAAGAGUAUUGUGGGUUGGUGAAAUAAAGAAAUAGUCAGGUAGAAAUACAAUACAGUUCUGGUCACUACGAAGUAUUUCUAGUCUUCAACGUGAUGGGUCCAGAUCUCCGACAUCUUAGAAAGCAAGAGUAACUUUUUUUUCUAAACAUAACGAUGUCUGAUGUUUAAGAUAUAAUCACACUAUUUAAACACAUUGAUGCGUAUACAUUCAGUAAGAGAACAGGUCGCGUAAUUGAUCACAAAGUCAUUUGAAAUUUUUAAAUGUUGUGGUCUAAACUGAUCAACAUGAGGUGUAAACAAAAGUGACAUUUUGAGUAUUUAGAAUUGAAUACUAUCAAAAUAAUAUUUUAAAUUGCGUCCAGACUUCUAAUUAUAACUAUGUAGGUCUAAUUACUUUGUCCUUUCUAUGAUCGACUUUUUGAUAUCUCAGAAAGUGUAAAAGAAAAUUAAAGUUUUUGUUAGACUUUAGAAGAAUAAAAUACUGUUUGUGCGUCUCUUGCUACUGUACAUGCUAGGGGUAGCAGCGGUUGUCACAGCAUGUGUUAGACUUUAGAAGAAUAAAAUACUGUUUGCGCGUCUCUUGCUACUGUACAUGCUAGGGGUAGCAGCGGUUGUCACAGCAUGUGUUUGACUUUAGAAGAAUAAAAUACUGUUUGUGCGUCUCUUGCUACUGUACAUGCUAGGGGGUAGCAGCGGUUGUCACAGCAUGUGUUUGACUUUAGAAGAAUAAAAUACUGUUUGUGCGUCUCUUGCUACUGUACAUGCUAGUGGGUAGCAGCGGUUGUCACAGCAUGUGUUUGACUUUAGAAGAAUAAAAUAUUGUUUGUGCGUCUCUUGCUACUGUACAUGCUAGGGGUAGCAGCGGUUGUCACAGCAUGUGUUUGACUUUAGAAGAAUAAAAUACUGUUUGUGCGUCUCUUGCUACUGUAAAUGCUAGGGGGUAGCAGCGGUUGUCACAGCAUGUGUUUGUAAAAUCUCUCAUUUGUUUCUUUUGAAAUUUUUCUAUGUAAUAAAAUCGACUUACUCAGCUCUAA